CACUGCUUCAAGAAUAUUGGCAGCAAGUCAACGCAUUAACCAUGUGGGGAGAUUCCAAGGGCAGUGGCUCGUCCGGGCGCCAGGGCUCGUCCAUGAAGGCAGAUCCCGGGAAGAAGGUGGUUGUCCACCAUGUACCAACGUCUAACCAGACCGAAUCCGCCGAUGCCGUGGUGGAGAGCGCCGCUUCUACACACGCGCGUCGCGGCGACGAUGCCCACAUCGACGAGAAAGUGUUUCUGUCGUAUCACGAAGCGUCCGUUGCGAUGACGCUGCCAGAGCCGUAUGUUACCCAGCGCAAUCUCAAGCUCGUGUUGGUCGAAGACUACGUCCGUCUCGCGUCCUUUGUCAAGUCCGACCCGUUCUCCGUGAGCCCGCUGGGGUACUACAAGUCGCCCGACGGCUUCGACAUCUACGUGUUUGAGUGCACUCUGGGCUCAGUCGACCGCCCGUCACAUCUGAAACGAUGGAAGAUCCACCGUCGAUACCGCCAUUUCGACAUGCUCCUGUCUCGGCUCAUGGAUCCUUCCUCAUCGUCGUCGUCGUCGGCAGCAGCCACAGCGAGGUGGCCUUCGUUGUCGGGGUCAUACCUUCAAAUGUUCCGCGCCAAGCACUGCAAGGACCGCCUCAUAGAGCUCCACACGUGGUUGGUCAAAGCGGUCGAGUUGCUGCAAACUUUCCCAGCAACUUCUGCAGACACGACCACCGGCGACAAGAGCCACGUCCUCUUCACAUGCUUCUUGUUUGCCGGUGCCAACACGCCCUACGUCACGUUCCCGUCGCUGCCGCUCUUUGCAUGGGCCCUCGAGCAAGUGCACGUUCAGCUGACCUUGUCACCAUUGUACCCUUCCCGCGUCCCAAACCAGCAUGCGGCCGGCGGCCUCGGACUCCGCCUGGCGCCAUCCACCGGCCGCGCGGACGACGAAACUGGCGGAACCAUCUACCGCGGCGCCGUCGUCACCGGCUUCCUUCGCGAUUCAUUCGACGUUCCAAACGUCCAGUACGUCCGGCUUGGGUCACACCUGUCACACAUCAAUGGCGUUCCCAUCGAGAACGAAACGUUCGAUACGAUUUUGCUGCAUCUGCGCAGCCAGAGUCGCCCGAUGUUCUUGACGUUUACAUUGGACCCGCGCCCUUCAUCGCUGGAGUGUCAGUUGUCGGAAGCGGACCUGAGGCGGCAUGAUCGGGCGCUGUCUGCGAGCUCCAUGAUCAGCGGCAGUCGCCGCACAUCCGCGGCAUCCUCCAUGGACGUAGCGGACGUGCAGACGCCCAUGAGUGUGCUCGGAUCUGUCUUCCACGAUACCCUGGGCGGCAGUCGCAAGCGUACAGAAACUAUGAUCUCCGACAACAACCAAGAUGAAGAUGAUGGGCUGCUGCUGCUGUGCUGGGACGACGUCAGUGGGCUCGGCAUGGACACGGUCACGACGGGCAUGUACUUGCCACAGACCCAACCGGCAGCUUCGACCCCCACAGUUCAAGAAGCGAGUGGGAUCUGGAGCACAUCCGCAGGACCGUUGCGCGUACGCUUGUCAGCGUGCAAACUGCAAGGCAAGCCAGCCGUGUUCUUGUCCGUGACACCACAGAGAUUUGGUGUACGGAAUACUCCUCUACCAUCACAAGGAGGAGUGGGUGGUUCCCAAGCAUCGAAACGAGGCAAGAAGCAGCCGCCAGAAAUCCGCCUCGAGCGGGGGAUGGUGCUGGUGUCUGUGAACAACAUGUCGACGUUCGACCUGUCCUUUCACGAUACUAUGGCACUUGUGACCCAAGCCAGCAUCCCCACGUCGUUGUGUUUUCGCUGGUUCAACGACUACAGCUUAUUUUUGAAUCCCAACAGCGACCAAGCCAUGCCACUGAUCCAUCGACCGUCCAUGUCGACGAGCGCAACGUCGCCGGAAGCGGACAUGGCGGGACUCGUGGAAGCGCAUACCAAAUUGUGCUCGUCGUGGCAUCAAGCGCUGGUUGAGAAUGCUUCGUUGCGGGUGGAAUUGCACAUCGUCCAAGAAUCCAAUCGACACCUUCGAGACGCCCACCAGAUGGCCACCAAAGCCCACACUGUACGACCUCCUCUUCGAUCGUGUCGUCGUCGGCAUGGCCACGACAGAAUAUAUGAAACAUACAGUCUACUAGUCGUAAUCUGCCUUGGAUAUAUGUACAUGUGGUUGCGUGUUUCUCCAACAUGUGUGCAUAGUCUACGGCCCAAGACACGACCAAACUCAUUCGCCGGUGCAAUGCCUUGCAAGAUGCGCUCAACAUGGAGCGAGUCCAAGUUCAACAGACGGCCAAGGAGCGGCGCCAAGCUGAGGUGAACGUGCGUGACUGGGAUAAGCGGCUCCAGCAAAAGCUGGCGGCGGCACAUGACGCGGCCAACAGGCGGGUCAUGGCGCAUGAAGCGCGGUGCAUUGAAGAGAGCCGCAAGUCCAUCGAAGUGGCCAAGCGCGCUGCGGAAGUGCGGGUGAAGCGGCAGGUGGAGGAAGCGCUGGCGGCGCAGCGGCGGCAGAGCCAUCUCGAGAUGCAGCGCCUCGCCGAAGACAACGGCGAAGAAAUCGAGUUUUUGAACCAGCAGCUGACGUUGUGGAAGCAUCAGGUCGAAGUGCUCACGGAGAACGACAGGCGGAGACAUGCCCACGAGUCGACCCACGACGAUCAAGACGCAGAGGUGCUCAGCCACGAACUGAGCGACCGACGGCGCCGAUCCCACUCGCAUGACACUAGAAAAGAUCAGUCGUUCUGGGGCCAGGAAUUCGACCCUCCCAACGAACCUGACAGCCAGAGUCCGUAGCAGUGUUGAUGUAUUUAAGACGAGUACCGACAGUACAAUUGAAGUUGUUGGAGUUUUUUAAAAUGCACGGAAACAUAUCGCC